UUCGCAGUUAACACAAUGUAGUCAAAUUGCCAAUUUACCAGAGUUGCCUGCUUCCGAUGAAGAGCGUCUCCUACAAGCAGCUUUAUCUCUUCAACAAAAGCUAAUUCUGCGUCAGUGGAUGAGCAAAUUCAGUUUACUUAAUUAUUACCCACGAUUAUUAGCUCUUAAUGUUAACAGAUUAGAUGACGUUUAUUGGUUUGAAAAUAGUAAAGCAAGUCAUGUUCUUAGUAAAGAUUACGUACUAUGGUCUAAUGCUCGACAAUCAUUGCCUACAACUAAACAAGAGCUGGAAUCCCUAAAGGCUGAUCUUUGGUCAGAAGUUGUUAAAAGUACUAACCAUCAGGACGCGUGGACAUGGGGUGGAAUGUUAAUUGUAUCUGUAUCGAUCGCUGGGUUGGUCACUUUGGCUGCUAUGACCCAGCCGUCCCUAGCGCCAGAAGCAAAGCAUACUCUUCUACAGUAUGUUACCGGAAAGUAUUUGAUGCCAUCAAACUGCAAAGUUACAUUUCAUUGGAACGAUAUGCAUCCAGUUGGUCAUACAGUCUGUUUUACUGUACAUUUCUACCAACGUAAUGGACAACCGUAUCCGAUUUGUGAUACUGAUCAAUUAACCGUUGAAGUCUCCGACGGAACCAGAAAGAUGGCAAUAAUAUCAGAAUUGGGUUCACCUACGGAUCCGCUAUGUGCCAAUGUAGCAAGAAUAAAAUUUACUGUUCGCCAUGCUAGUCAGUAUAUCAUUUCUGUGAUGGUAGGAUCUCAACAUGUAGCUGGUAGUCCUUUUUCUCGCACUUUCAUUCCAGGAGUGAUUGACGCUCAUCAUACCGUUAUGUUUAGAUACUGUAGUACAGUUGUAUGUACAGCUAAUGUAGGUCAUAUGCUCUAUGUUGAACCCAGAGACGAAUAUAGCAAUGUGUGCACCUUUAAACCCGGACAGGAUCCCACAGAGGGAUUUACUGUGUCUCUGAAGCAAAUAGGAAGUCAGUCUCGCGAAGCCGAUUUAGACAAAGCUGAUGAACAAAAUAAAAUAAAUUUGGAUUACGAUUGGCAUAGUAAAAGACUAACGAUUCAAAUUAAAUUCUUGUACGAAGGAAUAUACCAUGCAACUAUUCGGUACGAUGAUACAGAAAUACAAAACGGCGAUUUCGACGUUAUCGUUCUCAACAGUAUUGAUUCCGCCUUAGUUCAUAAAAAUGUUGUAUCAAAAAGUCAUAAUGUCUAUUACGAGGCGAAAUUAAUUGCCAACAAUGGUGAAAAAUAUAGCAAGCCGAAGAGAGUACUAUGUUACAUAUCACCCAAACAGUUUAUUAUAAAGGAAAUGUUCCUAAAGUUUAUCCCGAAACGACUCUUCACAUUCAGAUUGUGCCCUUCAACAAAGUUUAGUUUUAGAACAAACGCAACAACAACGACAGAAAAAAAGACGGAACAUAUGGGUGGCUUUUUUUACAUAGAUGAUGGUUGCCAACCGAUGAUCGAGCUUGUAUCGAAAGAAAGAAAUGUGAUAGCGGCAACAUUUAUGCAAUUCUUAUUGAAAAAUGUGGGAGGAUCUGAAACAUUUAAAGACAAACAGGAUUUCUUUUAUCACGAAGUGAGAAAAUUCCAUCAGAAACAUUAUCACGAAAAGUUAACUAUCAAAGUAAACCGAGAAAAACUAAUUGAAACGAGUAUGAAGGCGACAAAAAACUUUUCUGUUAAUGACUGGUGUAAAAAUUUUGAAAUUGUAUUCCAAGGAGAACAAGGGAUUGACUGGGGCGGAAUUAGAAGAGAAUGGUUCGAAUUAGUUUGUGCUCAACUUUUUGAUUCUAAAAACGGCCUUUUCAAGAGUUUUCACGAUGGUCAACAAUCUUUAGUGCAUCCAAACCCAAACAGACCUUCUCAUCUUAAACUGCGACACUACGAGUUUGCGGGAAAAAUCGCAGGAAAAUGCCUGUACGAAAGCGCUCUCGGAGGUUCUUAUAGGCAACUAGUUCGGGCAAAAUUUACAAGGUCUUUCUUAGCUCAAGUUAUUGGAUUAAGAGUUCACUACAAAUAUUUUGAACAAGACGAUCCCGACUUGUACCUGGCAAAAAUCAAAUUUCUUUUGGAAAAUAACAUUGACAAUAUGGACAUGGAACUGUAUUUUGUUGAGGAGAUAUACGACUUGUCUGGACAAUUGUCGCGAACCGUCGAACUUAUUCCCAACGGCAGUAAAUUUAGAGUGCAUGAUUCGUCAAAACAUCAAUAUUUAGACGCUCUAGCUCAAUUUCGAUUAGCAACGAAUGUCAAAGACGAAGUGGAUGCGUUUCUAAAGGGGCUUAACGAACUCAUUCCCGAUAAUCUUCUCAGUAUAUUUGAUGAAAAUGAAUUAGAGUUACUCUUGUGUGGUACCGGUCAGUAUUCAAUAUCCGAUUUUAAAUCUCAUCAUGUAGUUAACGGAAACUCUUUAGAGUUUCGGCGUAUUAUAGGAUGGUUUUGGGCAGCCGUUAGUAAUUUUACGCAAGAAGAAAUGGCUCGACUUCUUCAAUUUACAACAGGAUGUUCCCAACUACCUCCAGGCGGUUUCAAAGAACUUAGUCCGAAAUUUCAAAUAACUGCAGCACCAACUUUCGGCAAUUUGCCAACCGCGCAUACAUGCUUCAAUCAGUUGUGCCUGCCUGAUUACGAAAGUUACGAGCAAUUUGAGAAAGCACUUCUGUUAGCAAUCAGCGAGGGUACUGAAGGAUUCGGAAUGGUUUGAAAAGAAAAAGAAACCUUUGUUGAAUAGUACAUAUUAUAAGCAGCAGGGUAGUUUUCCAACGCGGCUGCUAUACACUAAUUUACUCCAUAUGCAAUAAUAAAGUGGCUUAUUAUACGUCUUCUUAUAUACAUGUAUAAAUGUAUAUAAACAUGUAUAUAUGUACCUACGUUUAAAUGCUAGGUAGUAGGAUAGUGUAACAGUAUUAUAAUGAUUAAUUUUUAUUACAGAAUGGAUAAGUUUUGCACCUUAUCGUUACGUUUGUCAAUGCAAUGGGCACUUAAAUUCAUUGUGUAAUAACAACUCACAAAUCCACAAGUGAUUCCUUUUAGAUACUUACUAUUAGAUGAAGUAAAUAAAGUAUAAAUAGAA